UCCACUCCAUGUUUUAAAUGCAAGUGCAGCGGCCGUCCCCCUGUCCAAAUCCAGCAGCCAAUCGCCAAAGAUGCCAGAACGCACAGCAAGAAACUUAACAUCUGGCAGACUUUUAUCAGCAAUGCCAGACUUCGUGUCGUCAACAGUGAUCACAAACAAUUACAAGUGCGGCAGGUUUAUUAUUUGUAUUUGACCGUUCCAAAAAAAAAAAAAAAAAAAUCCCGGGAAGUCAGCAACAUGUAUUAAUUGGCUCUCAGUCUUCGACGUCGAGUAAUUGUCUAGCAGAAGCGUCUUCGGGAAAUUGUGACAGCACCCGGCUCUGGUGGAAUGAUGUUGUCGCCGGAUUGUAUAGCACACGCUGUUCCGACUCUCCCCACACCUACACUUUAACCACAAUCUAUUGAACGCCCGGACAGGACGGUAGAGAAACUGGAUGGAAAGUUGAGAACGUGAGAUAGCGGCAUUACCACCCCGACUGCACCCCGUGACAAAAUGUGAAGUACCAUGGACAGCGAAUGAUGGCAGAACAAGACAUUUUGUUCCAAGUGGGUGUGACUGAGGAGCUGCAGAUCACCUAACCCUCCCCCAGCUUCAGUAACAAGAUGGAGCCAUAGACAUUCAAUGUAUUGACCAGAUAGCCAGCUCUGUGUGCUUUACACCUUCAAAGCUACAUAUGUUCCUGUUUUCUGGUACAUUAUGAACAUUCUUGAAAGGGCGUGCUCAAAGGCAGAACUUCCAUAGUAACUGUAGCAAUACAGACAGCACCAGAACCUACUGUUACCGACCAGAACUACGUAGACAAGUAAGUACGGAGGACUGAAGAAACACAAGAGCUGAACAUCUGGUCAGAGCAUAAAAUAUCUGUGAUGGAGCCCCUAGACAGGACUGACUGGGCCCCUUUUCCUGGGGACGUCAACCGUUCCACUGCCACCUUAUUAAGCAACGGCUCCAUGAACAUCUCUGGACAGAGCAUGCCCUUCCAGGGUGGCAGCACCAUGGUAACAGCAGUGAUCUCACUCACUGUGUUUGUCAUCGGCCUGACGGGCAACACGCUGGCCAUCUACGUGGUCCUGCGCUAUGCCAAGAUGAAGACCGUCACCAACAUCUACAUCCUGAACCUGGCAGUGGCGGACGAGCUCUAUAUCCUGGGCCUGCCCUUCCUCACCACCCAGAACGUGCUCUCCUAUUGGCCCUUCGGCUCUUUCCUCUGCCGCGUGGUCAUGACGGCCGACUCCAUCAACCAGUUCACCAGCAUCUUCUGCCUGACAGUCAUGAGCAUUGACCGCUACCUGGCCGUGGUCCACCCCAUAAAGAGCACCAAGUGGCGCCGGCCCCGGGUAGCCAAGGUCAUUAACGCCACGGUGUGGACGCUGUCCUUCGUGGUGGUGCUCCCCGUCAUCAUCUUCUCCGACGUGCAGGACCAGUUUAACACCUGCAACAUGAACUGGCCGGAGCCCAAGGCUGUCUGGUCCACUGCCUUCAUCCUCUACACAGCCAUCCUGGGCUUCUUCGGCCCCCUGCUGGUCAUCUGCCUCUGUUACCUGCUCAUCGUGGUCAAGGUGAAGUCGGCGGGGGUGCGGGCCGGCUUCACCAAGCGCCGGCGGUCGGAGCGCAAGGUGACGCGCAUGGUGGUGAUCAUCGUGGUGGUCUUCGUACUGUGCUGGCUGCCCUUCUUCAUCAUCAACAUGGUCAACCUGGUCUUCAUCCUCCCCGAGAACAACCUCAUGGCCGGCGUCUACUUCUUUGCCGUCAUCCUCUCCUACGUCAACAGCUGCGCCAACCCGCUGCUCUACGGCUUCCUCUCCGACAACUUCAAGCAGAGCUUCCGGAAGGUGCUCUGCAUCCACAAGGCCAACGGCGUGGAGGACGGGGACCCCAGCCAGCCCCGCACUGAAAAGACCACCACCCACGACUCCUUCCUUUCCCCGAGGAACCACGACUUCAACGGGCACGUACAGAACAGCCAGGUAGCGCCGCAUACUCCAACCUCACAAUCUCACUCCGCUGACCUCCAUCUGCACGCUGAACCCCUACCGGCGGCUGCUCUGCCAUCCCCGGCCAUGACCCCUGACCCCUCUCCGAGCGGCAAACAGGAAGUGAAGACACUUUGGGCACACUGACUGCUCCCCUCCCAUCCUGUGCAGGUUGCUCACCUCUGCUCCUGAAACUGGAUCCCAUACUGACUGUGCUGGACCAGGGAGAAGCUGGGACAGCCAGCUGCCAUCUUUGAUGGAUAAGCAUUAAUGUCUUUGAAAAACAGAAGAUAUAAAGGAAAAAUAAGGUAAAGCUGAGUGUCCAGCACAUACCAAAUCAUGUACACACUUGCACGCACACACACACAGCAAACAUGCAUACUGUGAAGAAUAAAUUCAGGCUUAGCCCUGUAACAGGCGUACAUUACUUUUUGCGCUGAAGCACAUUGCCAAAUUCAAAUUCAGAUACAUUUUUUUAAUCCCUUCAUUUCAAGUCUGAGAUACCAAAAUCCAUUCAGAUUUCAGUAGACUGGAGGCUUUUCUAGAACACCUGCUUCCUUGUCUCUUCCAAGCAGAACAACACUUUAAGAGGUCCCAAAUAUGUACACUCAAAAUCAGAUCACACUGGCAGAAUCAUUCUCUGUGAAAGUGCCUUUUAUAUAGGUUUGGUUACUCUGACUGAGACGCAUGACUUUAGGUACAAGAAUACCUGCCAUGUGCUUCAGACAUGGUUGCUUACAGUUGACUGGAAAAUCCCCCUCUCUUCUUUCCUCUGUCAGACUAUUUGAAGUGCAGCAUAAAACUCUGCUUCCACUGACCCACUUUAGCUGUAUGCGUUCUGUUCUAACGUGACCAGAUCUGGCGGUUUACAUUUCUUAGAUAUCCAUGGCUCAAGUGCUGCUGAUCUCAGAACAUCUUGAGAAAUUAAAUGUUUGUUUGUAAAUAUAAUUUUCGUAAAUCCGAAGGCUGUUGCAAGAUGUACCGUGGGCGUGGCUGAAUGCUAAAAGUACAAACAGCAAAAUGGCAGAGGAAUAUGAAGCAAUUAUCAGGCAGCUUUUAAAUGAAAAGUGAUACUGUUCAGUGGAUAAAAAAGGGAAUUGCACAGCGGGGAGGGAAUUUGGGGUGCUUAAAAAAAGUAAAUGCCAUCCUCAGUUGUGCGUGUGGCAGAAAAUCCUUCUAUUUCUCUAAAGCUGCUAACAAUUUGCUGCAGAUGUGUUAAGUGACAUCUUCAAAUGAGACAUCUUCGAACUCCCGAGUGGCCGAAGCCAAGUGAAGAUGCUUGUUAAAAGCGCAGGCUGAAUGCUAAAGCCGAUGACUUUGCAGGUUUCAGUACGGGCUGUGCUGUCAGCCGACAAAGGCUGAGCGUCUGCUGCAGAACACAGGCUUCUUUCCUUUGGGGGUGGGGUGGGUUAAGUCGGCCGUUUCUCCUCAUCCCCACUGCUCAUUAGAAACCUAUAGUGACUUGCGGGACACCAGGGAGUUACAAUGUCAAGGGAUACGCUCCUGUUCUCUAUUCAAAACUUGCUCCACCGUGGUGCACUGUGGGUCUGCUCACUGCAAUCAAGCGUAUUGCGGUCGUCACGGUUCAGCACCCCUACAUGAAUGUGGAGGAUGUUACUGUGGGGCAACAUUAA